GGUCUGUACUCUGUGUUUGGUGUUAUACUAUCCGGAAGAAAAAGACGUCCAUCAAGAAUUCAGGAAAAUUUUGGUUAUUUCGUCAUACUCAAUAAAUCCAAUAACUAGAUCUAAUCAUGUCGGAUUGGGAUACUGUUACUAUCCUUCGCAAGAAACCACCGAAAGCAUCAGCUCUGAAAACGGAACAAGCCGUCAAUGCUGCACGUCGUCAAGGUGUACCAGUGGACACUCAACAAAAAUAUGGUGCGGGGACUAAUAAACAACACGUUACCACUAAAAACACUGCAAAACUUGAUAGAGAAACUGAGGAGCUUCGACAUGAAAAAAUACCGCUUGAUUUAGGAAAACUAAUAAUGCAAGGCAGACAAGCAAAGGGUAUGAGUCAAAAAGAUUUGGCAACAAAAAUAUGUGAAAAGCCUCAAAUCGUUAACGACUACGAAGCAGGUCGUGGAAUUCCUAAUAACAUUGUACUUGGUAAAAUUGAAAGAGCAAUUGGAAUAAAACUACGUGGAAAAGAACGUGGCCAACCACUACAGCCUCCUGGAGGAAAGAAUUAAAUACGGAUUCCCUGGGAGGCGAAGACUAAAGUCCGAAUUGUUUAUUGCAUAAUAUUACUCUCUUAUUUGCUGUUGAAGUAAUUUUUCUUUGUAAUUUUAAUUAUUCAUCCUGUUAAAAUAAUUUUGUAUGUAAGCAUUUAUUUUAUUUAGAAUCUGGAACAUUCUGUAAUCUGAUGUUACCAUUGUGAAAAAGUGAAUAUAAAAUGUAUCUUUGCACAGCAUGCAGCGAUUGGGAAAUGUGGAUGUGAUAUGCAAUAAAAAUAGUUUUAUUUAUGAUUAAAUAACUA